AUGAGAGUUGUUUUACAAAAAGUUAAAAAUGCAUCAGUCACAGUUGAUAAUAAAAUAAUCUCAUCUAUCGGAAAUGGAUUAAUGUUAUUAGUAGGUAUAUCAACUACAGAUACAAUAGAAGAUGUAACAAAAUUAAGUAAAAAAAUCCUAUCCAUUAGAGUAUUUGAAGAUAUAACAAAAGAAUCAAAUACAAAUACAGAGUGGGUAGGUAAACCAUGGAGUAAAAAUAUAAAAGAUGUAAAUGGAGAAAUACUUUCAGUUUCACAAUUUACAUUAUAUGGAACUUUAAAAAAGGGUAAUAAACCUGAUUUUCAUAAAGCUGCAAAGGGAGAUAUAGCAAUUGAAUUAUAUAAUUUAUUUUUAAAUCAAUUAAAAGAAGGUUUAGGAGAAGAGAAAGUUAAAGAUGGUGAAUUUGGAGCUAUGAUGGAAGUAAAUUUACAGAAUACAGGUCCUGUUACUUUAGUUUGGGAUACUCAAGAUACUACGUUGUAG